AUGGUUUCACUACUCCAAGAUCAAUCUAAUAUUAAAUUUUCUUCUUCGGACACUCUGGAAAGGGAUCACCGAGACCUCAUGAAGACACAGGGGGAUUCAGUAUCCCCAGUUCAGCAAAUUGAUAAUCCCAGUUAUAACUGCCAACCAUAUGAGUCAGACGGCAGGACAGAAAGGAACAGUUCAGAGUCUUCCCACAGCCCCAGCCCUGCUUCUCCAGCCCAGGAUCAAAUUCAUGGGAGAUACCCUACAAGCCAAGAAAUUCACUGUGGCAAGAACAAAUUUAAAGUGUCUUUCAGUACUGAAAAAUUCAGACGGUACAGUUACGAGGAGAGUACUAUAGGAAAUUAUGACAGGUUUCUCAAGAGCAACAGAAACCCCUUUCAUCCUUACAAGAGGCAGAUCAGCGAAGAUGUCUUCCACGAAGCACAUCAAGCCCUCCCACCAGAGGGUUCACCCUUCAAAAGUGCUAGAAGCAUCGAUGGUUUUGAGGGUCUACCAGCAUCUACAGGUCCUGACGAGUCAGAGUCGUUUCCUACACACAUUCCAAACAUCUCCACAGAACAACCAUGGUGUAACAGCCUCCAAUACAGCACCACAGGUCAAGAUCACGGUUCGCAAGUCAUGCAGGAUUCAGACAUCAAGCUUAGGACAUCCCCACUGGAAGGGCAGCCUGGUUUGUACUGCUAUCAGCCUCAAGUGCAGCAAAUGUAUUGCCCUUCACAUCCUUUCCAUCAGUAUUCCUCGGGAGGCAGCUAUCCUGUGACUUACAUUACUUCUUCACACUACCCUUACCAAAGAAUCGCUCCUCAAAGCAGUCAAGAAUCCCAGCAGCCUCUAUUUCCCAAACCCAUCUACUCCUACAGCAUCCUGAUCUUCAUGGCACUCAAAAACAGCAAGACAGGGAGUUUGCCAGUCAGUGAGAUUUACAAUUUCAUGACGGAACAUUUCCCUUACUUUAAGACAGCUCCAGAUGGCUGGAAGAAUUCUGUACGGCACAACUUAUCUUUAAACAAAUGCUUUGAGAAAGUUGAAAACAAGUCAGGCAAUUCUUCUCGGAAAGGCUGUUUGUGGGCUCUGAAUCCAGCCAAAAUUGAUAAGAUGCAGGAGGAGCUUCAGAAAUGGAAGAGGAAAGACCCAGUUGCUGUAAGGAAGAGUAUGGCAAAGCCAGAAGAACUUGACACACUGAUCGGCGACAAAAGUGAAAAGCUGAGAUCUUCAAUCACGUCCUGCAGCUCGACUGGUGUUGCAAGUGCAUCCCUUUCCAGGCAGAUGGCAGUCCAACCCCAUUCCUUAGGCGAGCCCUCUCUUUCCUCCGGUAUACCACAGCCAUUACAUAGUAUCCACGCAUCGGGAGCCCUACAGGUCAAGAACCCAUUACCAAAUUUGCUCGGGGGGCAGCAAACUGCGUGCUAUACAUCACCACCGGGUUUUCCUCAAAUCUCAAGUACGUUAAUGCAACAGUCGCCUGACCCUCAGACCCUGUUUCCUUCUGGGGAGGCUCAAAGUGAACUCAGAACUCAGCCCAGCAUCACCCAGGACUCCCCACUGCCGGCUCAGACCCCCCCGACCUGCGGUGUGAAGAUGCUGACAGAGCACUCUACAGCCAGGACAGUGCAGGACACGCUCAUGCAGGAAGGAGAUCUCAGCAAUGACAUCGAUGCUCUUAAUCCAUCCCUGACUGAUUUUGAUCUCCAAGGAAAUCUUUGGGAAGAGCUGAAAGAUGACAGCCUAGCUGUGGAUCCCCUAGUUCUCAUUUCAUCAUCCCCAACGUCUUCCCAGUGUUUCCCUUCUCACUGCCAGAUGGAGAACAGCAGCAGCAGCAACGUCAACAUCCAGAAUGGAACUCCACACAGCAACGUACCCGACCUACAGCUCACUACUCUUUACUCUGCCUUUAUGGAAUUGGAUACAGUUUCUCCUGCCUACCUAAGCAAUUCUGGAUCCAAACCUAUAGCACUAAUGUGA